CCGCAAGUCUUUUCCCAAAGGGUCAUUCUAGUUCUAGUUAAUUGAAGCCCUGACUCAGUUUUCAGAAUCGAAAUCGCGUGCGUUUUCAGUUCGUAAAAAGGGGAUUAUUUUCAGAGGAAGUAGAACCAAAAUUUAUAUCCGAAGGCCAUCAGCGAGCCAAUCGAGCCAAGAGGGCAGCAAUCAUCUGGGCAGGGCGAAGGACAUUGACGAAAAAGAGGGUAGUUCGACAGUGAAACAAGAAAAGGUACCCAAGAAACACACUCCAAUGUAUCCCGGUUCUUGUGCCGGAAGCAGAUCAAUCGAGACAUGUCGUUGCCCCGAGAAUGGAGUUUUCAAAACUCGAGUCGAUCGGUCGAGGAUCGAGGACCGACCUCGGCCGCGUCUCAGGAGGGUAUCAAUCCGACCACCAUGGACGAGAAUAUGAACAUGAACCAACAGAACCAGCUGGGCUCUCUCUUUUCCAUCCACUCUGCCCCAGUUUUCGAACUGAAUACUUCAACAUCAUCUCCGAAGAGGCCCUCCUCCCUCAUGGUCCAGGUAACGGCAAACUCGACGCCCAUUGUUCCACCCCAUCUCAGUCCACCAGAAACGAUCGAGGACGAGGAUAACGACAAUCUUUUAACCAUCUCGAGUCUCACAGCCAGACCCUUGAUUGCAAAAUCUCGGGAGUUGAGGUCCUCCAAAGAGAGUGGCAGGAAGUGGAAAAAAAAGAAGAAAAAGAUGCCAAAAGCGAGUGAUGAUAAAAUCAAAAAUCCCAACUUCGUGCCUCUGGAUGGUGGAUAUGGAUGGGUUGUUGUUCUUGGGGCAUUUUUUGUUCAAUUUUGGGUCGCUGGAUUAGUGAAAUCUUACGGGGUUCUGUAUCUCGAAGUUAUGGAGACUUUCAAAGACUCGUCUGCAUCCUUUGCUUCCUGGAUUCCGGCGAUUUUGUCGUGUCUUUGUCUUGCCUUGGCACCAGUGACAAGCAUGUUGUGCCAAAAAUACAGCUGCCGAGCAGUGGUCUUUAUCGGGGGUCUUUUUUGCGCCCUGGGACUAACCAUUAGCUUCUUUGCUACUCGCUUGAUUCAUCUGUUUUUCACUUUUGGAGUUCUUACAGGAAUUGGAGGUGGUUUGUCAACAACUCCAGGCAUCAUAUUAGUUUCCCAAUAUUUUGACAAGCAUCGCGCCCUCGCAAAUGGAAUUUGUGUAUCCGGAACAGCAGCCGGAAGUUUCGUCUUGCCUCUGAUGAUAAAAACUCUAGUGACCAAUUUUGGAUUUCACGGAACACUUCUUCUCCUCGGUGGGUGCAUGCUCCAUGUCUGUGUGAGUGCAACUCUCUACAGGCCUCUGGAGAACAACUACGUGGAACAACCAUCUCCAGAGAAGACUGUAAACCCAGAAGAAAUUCUGGAACCUUUGCCAACUAAACAGCAGAAGCUGGAUCUUCUUUUUGCGAACGAUCCAACAACGAAAAACAAUCUGCUGAAUGAGCUUUUUCAUCAGAACAAUACUGUGACUUUAGAGCUAACAGAUAGUGAAGAAGAAAAAGAUAUUAUGGGAGAAGGUCUCAGGUUGAAGCCACUACCGAAGAUUCGAAGCUCCAGUAUUUUGCAUAGUGUUGAAGAUCUCUCGACUGAUUCUACUUGUGUUUAUAAAGCCAGAUCUUCACUCAGGUCGCUGAAAUCAUCAGUUACGGCUGUUUGUCCACCAUUGCCGGUAGAAAAUCUAGCUGAGGAAGAGACAAUUAAAAAAUCACUGGCACAAAAAGUGGCCCAGUAUCUUGAUCUGACACUUUUAAAGAACCCUCAAUUCAUCAUGAUGUGUCUCUCUGUGAUGCUGAUGUCGACCGGAAGUCCCUAUAUGUUGUACUAUCUUCCAGCUUAUGUUCACGCUUCUGGAUAUACAAAAUCUGAGGCUGGAUAUCUUGUUGCUAUAUCAGCAACUCUUGAUCUUUGUGGAAGGUUGGGGCUUGGCUGGUUAUCGGAUCUGCAGCUUUUUGAUAGACGGAAAGGAUACAUUGGAAGUAUUGUUGGAGCUGGUGUGUCGGUAUUAGCAAUUCCAAUGGCCCAUUCUUUCUACGUUUUGGCAUGUUCUGUUGGCAUGUAUGGACUCUGUUUGGGAUGUUGGUUCCUUUUGGUUCCUGUUCUUCUUGCUGAUCAGUAUGGAACAGACAAAAUUUCUUCCAGUUAUGGCCUCGUCAGAAUGUUUCAAAGUGUUGGGGCCAUUUCGAUUCCACCACUCGCAGGCUACUUGCGGGACGUGACCGGAAGUUAUAACGUCUGUUUCCUGUGUAUGGGUACAUGCAUGGUGUUGGGUGGAUUGCCACUUUUAUUGGUGUCCAGCUACACUAGUAAACCAGAAUCAGAUCUGCCAGUGGACGUCAAAAACAAAAAGGAUAAUCUAGUAUCUCCGACUAAGGAUUAAAAUCUUUUUAACUGCCCUCAACAUCGAUAGAAGAAGGUCUACUAUGAAAACACCUUCUUCUUCUUCUUCUUCUGAAAAAAUUAGUCCAGAGCUUAAAAUUUUGAUCCAAUUUAAACUUUUUCUUUUGAUGAAAGUUAACUAAAU